CCUGCGCAUUCCUUUCGGGCACUGGCCGAGGAAAAUGAACAGAGAAGAAGCGAACGGCCAGAGUUCAUGGAGAUUGUCUUCGUAUGCACCGCGUCAGCCAUCACAUCAAGAAAACGCUGAGCAACCUGAACCUGCACCACCAGAAGGCAACGCGCCUGGUCCACCCCGACUUCGUCGCAAUUUGCUUCUCCUGGGUGCCAGCUGGUUCCUUGUGCAGUCGGGAUCCCUUUCCCUAAGUCAGCUACAGACAAGCGUCCUCAACCCAGAACGCGGUUUAGGUGCAGCGUCUGUAGGCGCUGUUGCAGCCGCAUCGCUCGUCUCCUGCCUCUUUUUGGCGCCACUUUGUGUGAGGUUAGCAGGACUUAAGGCCACACUAGGCGCCUCUAUGCUGCUACAUACGCCUUAUUCCAUUGCCAAUUUUUAUCCACAUUGGGCAACGGUGCUGCCUUGCUCGUUUGUCUUGGGAAUAGGCGCCGGACCACUUGCUACGGCGGCUGCUGCCUAUGUAGUGCAACUAGCCCAGCGGCAAGAGACAUUGUUAGCACCUGGAGCACCUCCUGGAGCAACUCUUGCACAGUAUUUGGCUGUCUUUCUUGCAAGCGGUCAACUGGCCCAAGCAUUUGGCAGCCUGCUCGCACAUCUGCUACUGUCUGAAUCUGGUUCAGCUGCAUGGCGUCCGGGCGAAGCUUGCGGAGCCGAUUUCUGCCCAGGAACCACUGCCAAUUUAACCGUUGCAACGGCUGCUCCAGCAACUAGUCGCUUUCAGCUCUGCGUCCUGCAUGCCGCACUUGGAUGGAUCGCGGCACUCCUCGUUUUCUUGCUAUUGGAUCCCCUUGAGGCCCCUGUGACAUUAAGGGCACCUAUAAGCUCGCCAAUGCAGCUAUUGCUCACUACUGCACGUCAGUUACGCAAUCCGUAUCAGGUGUUCCUUGUGCCGCUAACUGUGUUCAGCGGACUUGAACUCUCAUUCGUUGCAGAAGAUUUUCCCAAGGCGUUUGUCGCCUGUUCGUGGGGUGGCCGCUAUGUUGAGCCGUUCUUAGCUAGCUUAGGUCUCUCAGGUGCCUUCUGGGCGGCCGGACUAGGAUGGGUUUUGCCAGGAUUCCGGGCGCAAACUCUGCUACUGGGAGCUGUAGUGCACGUCGGACUUAUUGUACUCCUGCUUGCCUAUCCACCGAGUCAUCUCUUAGCAAUUCUCCUCGGGGCGGCAACCGCCUGGGGCCUCGCCGAUGCUGCAUGGACGGCUCAUGUUCUCGCCUUCUAUGCAAUGGCAUUCCAGCAAAGCCCAGAGGCGGCGUUCGCUAGCUGUCACCUGUGGCGUUCCGUGGGUUCGCUGGCAUCUAGGGGCUACAGCAACUACGUGUGCACAGAUACGAAGAUGUACAUUUUGCUAUGCGCACUCACAAUAGGUGUGGCCGGCUAUUUUGCUGUCGAUACAGAGGCGCGAAGAAUCAGGCCCCAAGAGACUACUAUCCUUUUAACUAACCAGCCAUCUUCUAGUGGAAGAACUCCACAAACAGCCCCCGUGGUACCUGCAGUAGACAGUGUAACUGGUAUACCAAUCUUUCUGCCUGCAGGGGGAACCGCUGUUCUUUUACCGUCCAGUCAACCAGUUCCCACCAGGCAACAUGAUCCUUCGUAAGAUGCCUACAUUGCCUACAGAGAUUCUUACCACACACUGCAUCAAAACAUGUGUGUUGCACUGAUCACCAGACCACUGCCUGUGCAAGUUGUAUUCAUAUCCAUAAUGUAGCUCAUGUUUGCUACCUUAACUUAAUAAAUGUGACCUACUAAACUCUCCGUUGGAAGGGCUCGCAAAUAGGGCUGUCUUGACGUUCGUACAUUCACGUUUUACUACUACUGAGGCAAAGACAAAAUUUAAAACUGAUUUAAGUUCAGUUACAAUUAUAUGUUAAAAUUUAUUCACGACAUAAUACUGCAACAACUACUGGCCCUCUGUAUGUCCUCAAGUGCUUUGCCAACGUCUCAAGCACUGCCCUCACUGAUUACCCUUACCCGCAACGACACAGAAAUGUGUACCCGCGAAGAACAAACUUGCGCGGUUACCCGGGGGUAUACU